AUGACUUCCUCCAGUGCUCGAGCCUCGAGAAAUCUUUGGUCAACUGCCCUGGGCACACUAGAUCCAAAGCACAAAGCAAGUUUGGCCGGCGUCCUUAGAAUCCACAACGGCAAUAUUGUUGCGUCCAUCCUCGAGGAAGCCGAGCGAAAGAAACAAAUAUGCUUACAGAAGCGAUGGAAGGUACACCUUCAUGGAAAGACAAUAGUUCUUCGGGAUAUUUUCGACAAGAUCAUCGCCUGGGUGAAUCAGUUUAAAGCUGUUGUUGAUGUCGCAGUGCAGUUCGACACCACUGGGGCUUCACUUCCAUGGGCGGAGUCCGUGUCACUGCUGAUCGCACGUUAUGCGGCCUUUGAAUCACUCUACGCUCAGAAAGGGUCACAUAUCCAAGUGAACUUGCACUCCGCCUUGACCAGUUUAUAUGGUAAGAUUCUGGUCUUUCUAGCUGAUGGAAUCCGGUAUUUCAAUCAGUCCAGUGCAAGUCGCUUUGUGAAAAGCGUGUUCCAGACCUCUCAGAAUGAGGAGCUCGAAGAGAUAUCAAAGUUAGAUGGAGAACUGAUCAAGCUAGCUCAAAUUGUUGAUUCCCAAGAGCAACGACAGAUUUCAAUUCAAACAGAGACGAUUCAAAGGAUUGCGGAAACAUUACGCCGCCCAGUAUGCCGUCUCAUUGACUCAUCAACAAUGUACACUAAAACAUUGGAGAAUGAUAAAUUUUAUGCGGUUCUCAAGUGGCUAUCAACUACACCUUAUUAUCAGCAUCAUCAACUUCAUUCGGAAACACGCCUGUCGGGGUCGGCUCAGUGGUUACUGGAUCACCCGCGAUUCAAGGAAUGGAAGGGAUCCAGCUCGUCUUCUCUUUUUCUCCUUCAUGGGAUUCCCGGUUCUGGAAAGACGCAUCUUACCUCCGCUGUCAUUGAGUCGUUUCUAAACGAGAGCAGCUUGAAUCCCUUGAGUGCCCCAGUGGCGUAUUUCUACUGUGGAGAUAGUCGGCUUGGUCCAUCUUGGGCAGACCCAGAUGAGAUCAUGCUCUCGCUCGUUCGCCAAUUUGCUAUCAUUGACCGACAAAUGCUCAGAAUACGCGAGCAGGUAGCGCUCGAGUAUGCCCGCAGAGAAGCCGAGGCUAAAUUGGAAGGAUUGUCUGACCCCCCUAGGAUUCGAGGUACCCAAGCCGCCGAGCUUAUUCUGAGCAUCCUCUCAUCAAAUCCAGCCACGAUUGUUGUGGAUGGGGUCGACGAGAUCGAGGAGCAUCGAAGACAUGAGCUAUUGGAUCAACUUAUACGAGUCCGUGACGAAUCAGCUAGUGUGGUGAAGAUCUUUAUCUCUAGCAGAGACAAUGUGAAUGUUAUGGCAGGCCUGCCGAAGGAUGCCUUAGUGCUGCGUAUUCAAGAGACUGAUACUCGGCAUGACGUGGAGCUUUAUGUAGACCAUUGUGUGAGAAAUGCCAUUUCGACUCGAAGUCUACUUCAUGGGAACGUUUCGGAUGACCUCCAAAUCAAACUGAAGCAGUUUUUGUUGAAAAGAGCCGGCGAAAUGUUUCUGUGGGUACGGCUUCAGGUGGAACGCCUUCGCCAGAUGAGAUCCACAGCUAGUCUGAUGGACGCACUGCAGAAUCCAGACUCUGUUGCAGUGGAUCACCUAUACUUUGAGAUUCUCAAAGACGUGGCAGAGAAGGAUCCAGUGGCAUAUACCACUGCGACUCGCGCAUUUUCUUGGUUGCUGUGCAUGCACGAGCCCCUAUCGCCUGCGGCGUUCCUCGAUGCGGUAUCGAAUGGCACAUCAAAUGGUCAAAAGCCUACUCUAUCUGAGCUUCUGUCAAUCUGCUCAAAUUUGAUUGUCGUUGACAACCAUUCUAAUAUUCUGCGCUUUGCGCACGUUUCGUUCAAAGAAUUCUUAGAAGCCAAGCCCGAGUUUGAUAGGGCAAAUGCUCACUGCAUCGCUACAAAAAGCUGCCUCGAUACCUGCAUCCAAUGCCCGCUGGUAGAUAUUCCUCUUGAACUACACCCCGAAAGCAACUACCAAUUGUAUGCAGCGCUAUACUGGGGCCAGCACUACUCCGCAGCUGCUGCAAGUGAAGAUUCUGCGAAGGAAUUAAACAAAUUUGUCUUCGAUGACAACAGUUUGACAUUCCACCUUUGGCUCGAGGCCGUGAAUGAGGUUGCUGAAGCCCUCCCGAAAAACCGGACUUUGAUCAGAGAAUUGACUGCUGUCAUGAGUGGCACGCAGACACCUCUUUUUGCCGCGUGCAUAUAUGGGCUACGGGCGGUCUUCGACAUCGCUAUCCAAGGCCUCGACGUUAAUGGGACAAACUUGAUGGGCCACACAGGCUUGUAUCUGGCUGCGGCAUUUGGACGCCAGGAAAUUGUGGAAGCCCUACUUGGUCUGGGCGCGGACCCCAAUAUAUCACGCGGCAGAUACGCGGAUCCAUUGUCAGCUGCAUGUGCAGGCAGUCAUCUCUCUGUAGCGCAAGUUCUGCUUCACCAUGAGGCUUAUUCCUCCCGAGGAAAUAUCCAGCCUGCUUUGAGCAUAGCCUUCUCCUCUGACCAGGAGGAUAUUGUGAGCCUCUUGCUAGAAGCUUAUGUUUCAAGACCUUUUGAUGGUCAAGGGGUCGGCCAAAGCAAUGAGAAAUGGCUGUUAGACGCUGCCGCUCAAACUGGGUUCAUUGAUGCAAUAGAGAAACUAGAAAAAGAUCAAUCAACUGAUGCUUUGUCGAAGGCAAAAAUAUCUAAACUGGCACAUACCGCAAUACGAAGAGGCCACACCUCUCUCCUCAAAAAGUUGAUCGACAAAGGGCCACUGCCAGCCGAUGUCAUAGCUACCGCGGCGCUAUUCGGACAGACCUCAAUCAUCGAAAUGCUUCUGGACAAAGACUAUGACAUUGAGGAAGAGGGCCAAUUUGGUACACCUCUUCGAUGUGCAAGCUUGUUGGGCCAUGAGAAUACCGUGCGCACUCUUGUGUCUCGUGGCGCAAACCCCAACAAGCUGACUGCAUUCGGUGAUGCCCUUCAAGCAGCAGCAAUGAAAGGCCAUUUGUACAUCACGAACAUGCUGAUUCAACUAAAUGCAAAGGUUGACAACCAAGGUGGCUUCUUUGGCACUGCGCUUCAAGCUGCAGCCUAUCGAGGCCACCGUGAUGUGGCCAAAGCAUUAUUAAUUGCGGGAGCUCGUAUCGAGCAUGGGGGUCGAUACAAAGAUGCAUUUCACGCUGCAUCCGAAGGUGGCCACGAACAGUUGAUCAGUCUGUUCCUGGCGAAAGGAUAUCUCCUUCCUGCCAUGGAUACACCAGCUUUCUCACGCAUACGUCUUGCUGGGAAGGCCGCCAGGAAGAAAAUUGGGUCUAGAAACAUCAUCUGUUUGAACUCUCGACGCUUGUCAAAGCGAAAACCAGAAGAAUUGGAAAGCACUCCCCACAGAGUACCCGGGAAGAUGAAACUCCAGAAUUCUGCGUUGGAAGUGGCAGCAUUUAAAGGACACGAGGCUAUAGUCGAGAGAAUCGUUGCUGUACGAAAAAGCCUCGGACUCCGAGCAACCCACCUAGGCGCAGCACUCUGGGCAGCAUGCCAACACGGCCACGACAACAUUGUAGAACGGAUCCUUUCCGUGGAUUCAGGUCUUGGUACAUUCAUUGAACAUGCACUAGAGUGCGCCGCCAAGCAAGGACACAUCAGCACCAUUGGGAUACUGAUUCCCCACGUCCAGGAUACCUCGCUUCCCACAAUUCUGGUGCGUGCUGGCUCUCAAGGAGGCCAGAAAUCCGUGGUAUGGCGUGGGUUUGAGCUGGCAGCACGGUCAGACAGAAACCUUCUACACAACCUUGCACUAGCAGAAGCAGUUCGUUCGAAGAGGACCAGUUUGGUCGGAGUCUUACUUGAAAGCGGCUUCGGAUUUCCCGCAGAAUCUUUAUUCCAAGUCAUGCGCAUAGCUGCUGAACAAGGCUCGCAGUCAACACUGUCUCUUAUGUUUGGCGCCGUCGUUGGUGAGAUCCCAAGAGACAUUGUCGAGGAUUGUUUCCACAAGGCGAUAUUGAACAGCCAUGGCGAGGUGGUCCGCUAUAUUAUUGCUAAGCAUCCUAGCACGUGCAAUUUAGAGCUGCUUAAAAAUGCCUUUGUCCAUGCUGCCCACCGAGAUUUGACACCAAUUAUGGCAGUGAUCGCCGAGACAUUGAUAGAAGAUACCUUCUAUGAGCAGUUCCUCAUUCGUGCAUUGUGUUGCACAAGUGCGUCAGGUGCAUUGGGCGCCACCCAGUGGCUGCUCCAUGCCGGUGUUCAGGUUGACGCAGUGGACCACAGGGCUCCUGUGCUCGGCCCUCACCAAAUGACAAAAGCGGAUACCCAUCUUUGUUGUUUAAAAAAUGUUCACUCUCAAGAAAGACUGCCCAGCACCCCAUUGAUAUCAUGCUUUCUGUCUAUCCAGAGACUAUGGGAAGUUAGAUCAACCACACGAGCUAUGUCUCAAGCAAAACUGGAAGGCGUGCUCUGCCUUCUUCUUGAGAAUGGGGCUAAUCCCAAUCAAAUAGCUGAUGGCAUGGAUAGCCCUUUGCAUAUAGCCGUGCGACAUUGUUCCGAAGAUGUUGUUCGGUUGCUAAUCUCUAAAGGUGCUAACGUCAACAUACAUAAUACCUGGGAAACUCUUCUACAUUGCGCCCUGAAGAGGGAGUGUCACUCUUUGCCAAUAGUAUCUAUGCUUCUUGAUAAUGGGGCUAUCUCUGAGUGCCAGAAUGAUCUAGGAACUGCGUUGGAGAUAUUAUUAAGCCACUUUCAAGUUCAGCCUCAGUCUGACUGGGAGGAGACAGAGUCCCAAACGAUGGAUUCGCAGUUCGACAAUUUACCAUCAGAAGAUGGCCUUUUCCCUGCUUCGGGGUCAAUACGGGAAAUACUAUCGACCGGCCCCGGGGCUGUGGUACAGCUUUUGCUUUUGUCCCAACCAGAUCUUCUCAUCCCAGACUUACCAUUUGGUCUACUACUGCAGAUGACUGCUGUGGAGGGCGACUUUGCAUUUUUGAAACUUCUGAUUGACAGGGGGGCUGAUGUCAAUAGUCGCGGGUAUUACUACGGUUGCGCGCUCCAGGCAGCUGCCCGCUUUGGGCAUCUAGAGUGCGUGAAAUUACUUCUGAGUGAGGGUGCGAAGGUGAAUCUGAUUGGGGGUUCCUACGCGACCUCGCUUCAUGCGGCCGUCUACGGAGAGCACAGCGAAGUUGUCACGGCGUUGAUUACUCGCGGUGCAGAUGUCAAUCUACACGUAGAUAACGAAGAUCUACCUGGAGGGUCUCCUCCACUCUUGCUCGCUCUCAAGUCUAGCAGCCAAAUAAUACCAGAAAAGCUUCUCAUUGCUGGAGCCAGCAUCGACAAUGAAGGGGAGUACUUGCAUCUCGCCGUCAAGGGAAAUCGAUACAAUGCCACGAAGCUCAUUAUAUCUGCCGGAGAUGAUGUUAAUGGUAUAUGUUCACACCACAUGCCCCCUCUGAUAACGGCGUGCCUGAACGGAGACGUGAGAACCGUGGAUCUCCUGUUGACGGAAGGAGCAGAUCCAAAUGUCAAUAACGCCAAAAGCUUGGGCACCUUCAGUCCUCUCGGAAUAGCUUGCAACGAAGGCUACUAUGAGAUUGCUCGUAUUUUGUUAACUAGAGGGGCCGAUCCAAAUGGAGGCAUUGAGGGUCACAACUAUCCACUUGAAUCAGCUGCUUCCAUAGGCAAUCUGGAUAUUUUGAAGCUACUUUUUGAAUUCGGGGCCAGAGGCGAUGAUGCGCGAGCCAUUUCGAGAGCGCUUACAGGUUCAAUUCGAGGACAGCAGCCUCUACAAACUUUGCGCUUUCUAAUACAGUAUUUGGCAAGCGAAUAUGUAUUACCCUCUGCAUGCAUGUAUGCGCUGCCCGAUGCCUAUCGAGCAGGUGACAAGGAAUUAUCUUCGUUCUUGUGGGAGCAGAUACCAAAGACGGCUCAGUAUCUAAAUGCAGCCUGUGCUCUGGGAAGCGAUGAAACUAUUGAGGAGAUAUUGUCCGAAAUCGCUGGUAUGAGUGUGGAAAUUGGCCAGCACGAAUUUUAUACGCUCAUAUAUCAUCAGCGAGAGCCACUGGUCUCCCAAUUUAUCCAGAAUGGUGUCAACGUACGGUCAACGAGCCCAUUUUACGGCUCUCAAAUCUCUGCUGCUGUCGAAGGCCUUGUAGCUUUCCGGCUGAUGGCAAAAGGACUAACAAAGCAAUGGCUCGAACCCAGCUUUCUUCCGAGUCGAAUCGAUAUCAUCAGUGGACAGCACAUAGACGGAGGAGCAACCGCCUGUGGAAAUAUUAUCGGCAUUCUCUUGCGUGCGGGUGCUGAGGUGAAUCCUUCUCCCACAAAGCUUGGUACACCGCUGCAAGUCGCCUCCUGUUUGGGAGAUUUAGCAAUCGUCAAUAUUCUUCUGGAUCAUGGGGCUGACAUCAACGCUGAUGGGGGCUAUUUUGGAUCAGCCUUGAUUGCUUCAAUGUUCAGUGGUCAGGAUUUAGUCUCUGAUAGGCUCCUGGAUUGCGGUAUCAAUGUCAACAUCCCGUCAGAGAGAUUUGGUUCAGCUUUGCAUUACGCUUGCAAGUUUAAGGACUUGAAUACAGUGCAAAUUCUCCUCGAACGUGGUGCAGGUCCAAACUCCGAUAGCUGUGAGCAAGAAAGCCUCAUAGAGGCAAUCUUGUUCCGUCACAGGGGGAAGAAGAACUUGCAUCAUUCUGAGGCGCAGGACCUGCUCAAUUGGAUCGAGGUACUUUUCCAAUACCAAAGCAAGUUGCAGGUCAGAUCAACAGAUCUUAUAAUAGCAGGAAAGUUUCACUCUUCUGUUUGUUCUCCUUAUCAAAGGCCCGAAGUUUUGGAAUGUCUUCUCAACCGCAGUCAGGACCCUCACAUUACAAUAGACGUUGUGAAAGCGGCGUUAGAAAAUGAUGAAGGAGCGGGACUGCCACCUGAAACUCUGCAACUACUUCUGCUAGGCAUUGAUAACUUGGAACCUGAUCCCGUAUUGACUGGAAUGAUACAGAACCAUCGGUUUCCCGAGAGAGGACAUGUGGUUGUCGACGAAAAUCCGAACAAAUUCGAUUGGAACGCCUUGUUGAGUGUUUUCAAGGACUCUCACCUAUACCUGCAAGUCCUUAAUAUUUGGUCAAACACUGUUCCCAAUUACGGCUUGAAGUUUACACUUCCCCAAAUUAUGAGAAAUAUGGGAUAUACUGCUGCGAAUGCUCAGCUGCUCUCGAUACCGCCAUACAUCGCCGGUGCGAUAUCUGCCUGUCUGUUUGCACUUCUUGCGGACAGGCUGAGAUGGCGUAUGCCAGUCAUUGUCACCGGUCAGCUCCUGGUGAUCAUUGCAUUUUCGGUCCUCUUCUCGCUAGCCGAAAACAUCAAAAAUACCAUCGCAGUGUGCUAUUUUGCAGUUGUUCUCGCCUGCAUUGGUCUAUACCCAAUCAUCCCCGGAACCAACGCGUGGACAUCCAAUAAUCUUGCAGGUCCACGAAAGCAAGGCAUGGGGAUUGCUUUCAUGCUAAGUAUUGGAAAUGCGGGUGGUCUCAUUGGUUCAUUCAUCUAUAUCGAAGCCGAAGCCCCCAUGUACCCUACCGGAUUUGGAUGCUCUUUCGCAUUUGCCGCGGCCGGAGUGAUUGCAAGUAUAGUCCUAGAGCUCAAGCUCUGGCAUAGCAAUAAGCGAAACGACAGGAUGAGCCGGGAGGAAGUCUAUGAAAGAUAUACCGACGAGGAGCUACAGCGGAUGGGUGACCGAUCGCCAUUUUUCAAGUAUAUACUAUGA